AGAGCCGGGCUGGAAGGCACUGGGGGCCGAGCCAGCUUCAGGGAGGGCCGGCAGGUGGGUUGUCAGGAAACAUGGACUCUGAGGAAGCGCGCUCAGCUCCUGUUGCCCGUGACCUGGGCCGCCCAGCGCCUCCUGAGUGUGCCCAUCUGACGAGCGGGACGCCGUGUGGGAGGAGAAGAAAGGACUGGUCCUGCUCGCUGGUCGUGGCCUCUCUCGUGGGCGCCUUCGGCUCCUCCUUCCUCUAUGGGUACAACCUCUCAGCGGUGAAUGCCCCCACUCCGUACAUCAAGACCUUUUACAAUGAGUCAUGGGAGAGAAGGCAUGGACAUCGGAUAGACCUGGAUACUCUGACUCUGCUCUGGUCUGUGACCGUGUCCAUAUUCGCCAUUGGUGGACUUGUGGGGACGUUCCUGGUGAAGUUGAUCGGAAAGGUUCUUGGGAGGAAAUUCACUUUGCUGGUCAACAAUGGGUUUGCAAUUUCCGCCCUGUUGCUGAUGGCUUGUUCUCUCCAAGCAGGAGCCUUUGAAAUGCUCAUCCUGGGACGCUUCAUCAUGGGCGUGGAUGGAGGCAUCGCCCUCAGUGUGCUCCCCAUGUACCUGAGCGAGAUCUCGCCCAAGGAGAUCCGCGGCUCUCUGGGGCAGGUGACCGCCAUCUUCAUCUGCAUUGGCGUGUUCACGGGGCAGCUGCUGGGCCUUCCUGAGCUGCUGGGAAAGGAGAGCACCUGGCCGUACCUGUUUGGGGUGAUUGCUGUCCCCGUCUUGGUCCAGCUGGUGAGCCUGCCCUUUCUCCCUGAGAGCCCACGCUACCUGAUCUUUGAGAAGCACGACCAGGCUGGAGCUGAGAAAGCCUUCCAGACAUUCCUGGGCAAAGAGGACGUCUCCCGAGAGGUGGAGGAGGUCCUGGCGGAGAGCCGCGAGCAGAGGAACAGCCGUCUGGUGUCCGUGCUGGAGCUGCUCAGGAGUCCCUCUGUCCGCUGGCAGGUCAUCACUGUGGUCAUCACCAUGGCCUGUUACCAGCUCUGUGGCCUCAAUGCGAUUUGGUUCUACACCAACAGUAUCUUUGGAAAAGCUGGAAUCCCUCCGGAAAAGAUCCCAUACAUCACCUUGAGCACAGGUGGCAUCGAGACUUUGGCUGCCAUCUUCUCUGGCUUGGUCAUCGAGCGCAUGGGACGGAGACCCCUUCUCAUUGGUGGCUUUGGGCUGAUGACCCUCUUCUUUGGGAUCCUCACCGUCACGCUGACGCUGCAGGACCACGCAGCCUGGAUCCCUUACCUGAGCGUCGUGUGCAUUCUGGCCAUUAUCGCCGCCUUCUGCAGCGGGCCAGGCGGCAUCCCCUUCAUCCUGACCGGCGAGUUCUUCCAGCAGUCGCAGCGGCCAGCUGCCUACACCGUGGCGGGAACCGUCAAUUGGCUCUCCAACUUUGCCGUCGGGCUCCUCUUCCCGUUCAUUCAGAAAAGUCUGGACACCUACUGUUUCCUGGUCUUUGCCGCAAUCUGCCUCGCAGGUGCUCUCUAUUUGUAUUUUGUCCUGCCUGAGACCAAAAACAAAACCCAUGCAGAAAUCAGCCAGGCAUUUGCCAAAAGGAACAAGGCCUACCCACCAGAGAAGAAAAUUGACAGCUGAACCUGAUGAUAAACAAAUGGAAGGCCUGAACCAGACUCCUCCUCCACACUGGAGAAUUGUGUCAAAAAGAGGAUUGUCUGAAUGGAUGAUCUCACCAUUUUUGGAAACGGAAGAGUCCCCCUGCAAGUUCAACCUUACUAAGUAUUUAAAAAUAAACCUUUGCUCACCUAACAUCGCAGCCAUUUGGGGUUGAUUCACAGCUGAAUUCCCCAGACUCUUCUGGCAGCUGGAAAGAAUCACCCUACGUUUCAGUGGACCCAGCGUUCUUCUGUAGACAUCCAUGGCCUGCCUUCUUCAUGACUUGCCCCAUGGUUUCAAAAUGAAAUUGGGGAAAUAGCAUUUGAAUGGUUUCUCAAAGAAUAACAAUCUAGUCCGACAGAGGACUCGAUGGACUAGAGAUCCAGACUGAGUUUCCAGUCCCAGCUCUGCCAGAAAUAGCCUUGAGCCACCCUCAGCCUGGAUCCUGAAGCAUCCAAGGACCCUUGGCUUUGAUCCUGGAUGAGGUUUUCAUACCUCCUAAUAAAUGCCUGUUUCCAAUCUUUA